CUUGCGCAGUUCCCGCGUUUACGAGGCAGCAACCCUUCAAAUCCAAUCGAAAACCCCAAAUUAUACUGUCAAGAAAAUGGCAAAAUCGAAUGUCUCAGACUCAGAAACUGAAGAGACAAACUCAGACUCAGAGGAGUCCCCGGCGGAGCCCCAAAGAACAGGAAAACUCACUGAUUAUGAGAAACAAAGAAUGAAGAGAAUCGAAGAAAACAGAGCAAGAAUGAAGGCUAUGGGUCUGCACAAAAUGGCAACUUCUUUGAUGGGUGCUUCCCCAAAACCCCAGAAAAAAGACAAGGACAGAAAGGGGAAAAAGAAGGUGGUUGAUGAAGAUGAAGAUGAAGAUUACAAGCCAGCUCAAAGUGAGGACGAAGAUGAUGAUGGGGAUUUUGAAGUUUCAAAGUCCCAAUUGAAAAAGUCAAAGAAAAAAAAUCAAACAACUCAGAAGAGAGUGUCUAACACAACGGUACCAACUGACAUAGAUUUUGUCGACGAUGAUGUUGCCUUAAUGCAGGCUAUUGCUUUGUCACUACAAGAUUCAGCAGGUUUUCUGAAUCUUGCAAAUAAAGUGCCUAUGCAAGGCACUGAUGCAGAUUCCACUAAAAAGGACAGCAACGAAAAAGCUUUCUUGAAAAAGGUCAGCAAUGAAAAAGCUUCUUUGAAAAAGGCCAGUAAUGAAAAAGAUGUAGGUACCUGCAAUCAGGAAGAUGUUACUGGGAAAAGGAAGAGAAAACAACAGCAGGCAAGAAAUCGAGUGCAGAUGACUGAGGAUGACUUGAUUAUGCAUUUCUUUCAGUUCGAUGAAGCUGGAAAAGGGAGUAUAAGUUUCAGAGAUCUACAGAAAAUGGUAGUUUCCCAUGAUUUUACAUGGUCAGAUGAGGACUUGGCAAAUAUGAUUUGUUGUUUUGAUUCUAAUGGAGACGGAAAGUUGAGCCUGGAUGAUUUUCGCAAGAUUGUGGUCAGAUGUAAUAUGAUACAAGGUUCUGAAGAUGCUGGUUGAUGAUGA